CUUGCUUCACAGUUCGUUUCGUCACAGACAUGGCUGCGUCCAGUGUUUUUAAAGCAGGUCUUUUCAAUCACAAAGUUGCAAUUGUGACUGGAGGCGGGACUGGGAUAGGAAAAGCUAUUACUUCUGAGCUCUUACAGUUAGGUUGCACUGUUGUCAUAUCAUCCAGGAAGCUUGAGCGUCUGGAGUCAACAGCUGAAGAGCUGACACAGAAAAUUCCGCCAUCCAGUCCGGCUAAAGUGACCCCUAUUCAGUGCAACAUUCGAAAUGAAGAAGAGGUGAAGAACCUGAUGGCCUCCACUCUGAAGCUUCAUGGGAAGAUUGACUUUUUGGUGAAUAAUGGAGGUGGGCAGUUUUCCAGCCCAGUGAACAUGAUGAGUGCAAAAGGCUGGAAAGCUGUGAUUGACACCAACCUCAACGGAACGUUCUUAUGCUGCAAAGAAGCAUACAAUGCGUGGAUGAAAGAUCAUGGAGGUGUAAUUGUAAACAUCAUUGCGGACAUGUGGAAGGGUUUCCCUGGAAUGGCGCACACAGGAGCGGCCAGAGCAGCGGUGGACAACCUGACCAAAAGCCUAGCCAUUGAGUGGGCUGACAGUGGAAUCCGGAUCAACUCUGUGGCUCCGGGGACUAUCAUCUCUAAAACGGCAAUGGAAAACUACAAAGAAAUUGGCCCAGUAAUGUUUAAGAUGUCAGUGCCAUUCAGUCCGGCUAAAAGACUUGGUGUUCCUGAGGAGAUAUCGCCAGCUGUAUGUUUCUUGCUGUCUCCGGCUGCCAGUUACAUUACUGGAGCAACCCUGAAAGUCGAUGCAGGACAGAGUCUCUACCACUCGGUGUGGGAAAUACCAGAGCACACUGCCUGGCCUCCAGCCCCAGAGGGAGAAAAUACAGACAUAUUGACAAAAAUCAUGGACAUGACUAAAUCCAAGCUGUGAAUCAUAACAAAACAAGUCUAGACUGUCAAACAGCUGCUCUUCAUCACAGUGUGGAUGGACCGCAAAUGUUUUGUUUCUAGAAACUGCAAUACAUCUCGACUGUGGCCUUUAAAUGAUGCCUACUGAAUUGCAUCACUAUCAUUGUAUAACUGAACACUAAUAGUGUGUUUAAUCAAUGUACAUAUGUGUAAUAGAAGGAUAUUGUGAAUAUUACAUUUGUAUGAUUUCUAAAAAACAUUUAAUGGCUGUCACCAUGAGAUUACAAAUAUUAAAAAUACAUUUUCUGUUG